GCUUCUUCCGCUACACGCCACGGACAGGGAAGUCAGCUGGUUGUAUGUUUUUAAUCGUAAAUGUUAAAGAUCAAACGGUAUCAUCAUGUCCAGGGUGCCGAUGGGCAAGGUGUUGCUGCGAAAUGUUAUUCGUCACACAGAUGCCCACAACAAGAUCCAGGAGGAGUCAGAGAUGUGGAAGUUGAGGGGGAUGGAGAAGGGUCCGUCCACCAGCCACAGACCGAUGCCACCAGCCUCAAAUUCAUCCAGGAGUCACAUGCACUGUGAUCGUGUGGAGGAUGGGUCUGUAGAUAGACUGGGAGACGGGCUGCGGAGAAGAGAACACAGCUUCGGCCAGGACGAGAGGGAGGCACGCUACUGGACCAAGAAACUCUAUGACUUCGAGGCCAAUGAUCCAGACAGAUGGGGACACAGCGGUUUUAAGGAGCUAUACCCAGAGGAGUUUAAAAGUGACUGGGAAAGAGACCGUGGUGAUGAUCAGAAUGUGCAUUGCAGAAAGAAAAAUACUAAGUCCAGACUUAAAACAGCCAAAUCAAAACAUCUGAAGAAAUCCUCCAAGAAGAAGAAGAAGAAAAAAGAGGAAAAGCGAAGGAGGACAGGUGAGUCAGACGGUGAGUCCAGCAGCAACAGUGUCAAACAGAAGAGGAAAAGCAGCAAGAGCAAACAUAAGAGGAAAAAGAGUGAGAGAGAGGAGGAGAGCAGCUCAGAGGACAAUGAUGAGGAGAGAGGCAGAAGGAAGAAACGACAGAGGGACUCCCACAGAGACUCAGGACCAGAGUCACACAAGAAGAGGAGGAAAAACUGGAAAGCAGGAGAGGACAAAUUGGAGGACAGUUCUGAGGAUUGAACCUUUUUCCAUUGGCAGCCAGUAACCUGUACCCUCAUACUGCCCCCUUUCAGUUGCCUAUCUCAAAGCUUUCACAGUUACACCCCACUUCCACUUUAGAGUCCAAUGUUUCCCACUAGAUUUCUUGUGAACACGGUCAUCACCAUAACUAGUUGCUAGACGUGUUUGUGAUUUAUCCAACGACAAGAAAACGGAGGAAUUGGCUAAAGUACAAAUACAACUUUUGAACAGACCUACUGGCAGGGGAAAGCAUAUCGCUCUUCCCUUUACACCUUUCUUCUGCAAUACUCAUGUUGUACUUUUCUUUCUGUGUACUGCUGAGCACAAACCUGUGUUCUCCUCCCCUUGGGCAUUCUUCACAGCAAUACCUCACCUCUUCUUCUGUUACUGGUGCUGCUCCAGCUGCAGUGCUCAGAUAGUGAGCUGACACUGCACAAAUAUGGACUCAAGGAAAGCCAUCUAAUUCCACCUCAUGACAAACUGACUGUAGAGCCUUGUCUCAUAGUUAGUGUCCAGGCUUUACUUUAGCUGUUAUAUUAUGGAAAAUGUUCAUUUUAUGCAUAUUUCUCAACCAAUUAUGACAAUCUCUUCUGCUUUUUUAUUCAGUAUUUAUUUUUUAAACUUUUGUAAUUUAUGGUAGUCAGGAUUUAAUGGAAUGUCAGGUGGGACAACAUUGGGAGAAAAAAAAAAGCAUAUUGUUGAAAAAUUAAAAUGUACUCUGGUUAUCACACCACACGUUUAGACAUGGACAUAUCA